UACUUGAACAGCGCUUCAGCCUGGAACGCUGCGCUUUUGUGAGCUGAUAAAAAACAGGAAGACACAAUAAUAAUAUAUAAAAAGUGCACUUCGUGAGUCAUACUCACUUAAAGUAUAUAUUCAGCAAUGGUUACAGCAACGCUUAUGGACUUGAACCACUUUUGCUACUAUGAGAUAUUCAAGCAAGUAAAAAAGAACUGCGAGAGAGCAGGUACACCGGACGAAAUAAAAUACGUUGAUUUGGUUCAUUUCAUCGUGUGCUGCCAGCCGUUUCGAAAACUCUUUUACGAGUGGGACAAGGACUUCUACAGAAGCUUUUUCCUGCUCUAUCUGAGCGCGGCGGACAGCCCAGCAAUCGACUUUUCUGAGCUCUACGAACGCCUCAAGGGCCUGCCGGCGAAGGCGAAGAACGCGUACUGGAAGUCCGUAUGCCUUGCCAUCGAGGAGAACGACAACUUGACCGACGUCGAGUUGAGAUACACUCCAGAAAGUCACCACGGCGAGCACAUGGAGGUGUUUGCAUCCGUGAUGCACCAGCUGGGGAGAAAGAAGAGUUUGAAAGCUCUAAGAGUGCACAUUUCUGAGUACACCAUAGAAGACCUCGCGGGGUUUGGCAACCUCGAGAAGCUCGUCCUAAAUGCCAGAGUGGAUGCUGACGAGCUGUGCAGAUGCUGCUACAACAACCGGAAGUUGAGAGUUCUAUCGGUUUUGAACAGCGAGAUGGCGGGACGACGGUUGGCCGACAUUGCACCGUUCUGCGAUCAGGUGGUGCGCUUUGAUUUCAAGAUGAAGUUCGACUGCGAUGCCUCGGAAUACGCCCGAAUAGCCGAAAUGCCAAGGCUGGAACAGCUGAGGAUCGAGGGAGAGCACGAGCCGGGCACCUUGCAGCACCUCCUCACAGCGCUGGCCAGAAAGGAGUCCAAGCUGCUCAGAAAGCUAGCCAUAGAUGAGGCUCUUCUAAGCCGCGAGGAAACUACAGCCUUGUCUCAAAUUAAGUUGGUCAACGACUUAAGGUGCGGCUUCAAGGACGCCCAAAGUAUUGAGCCAAUUUCCAAAAUGGUUUACCUAAACAGUUUGGAGGUACUUUCAGAGCACAGGUUUUCGGGUAUUUCGCAGCAAAUACGUGGGGUUCUAAAGGAGUCGCAGUGGAAAAGGAGGGUGCUUUUAAAGGACUGCCUAAUGCACUUUGACCCCAAGGGACAUCUGCGCCUUGUCCUGAACCAAGCUAGUGCUGCGGACUACAGGUCGUUGCUCACUUUGCCUCGCUUAAGAUGCCUCGAAAUACUCGGCGACCAUGAGCAAGGCUCACUGGUUGAACUCUUCAAAGCGCUGGAAUCGGUUAAGCUGCCAAGUCUGACAAUAAACACCACGAAUCCCUUUACAGAAGAGCAUCGAAAGCUACUCAAAAGGGGCUGGAGGCUGAGACCCCAAGUAGUGCCAACGAUCAAUAUAGAGGAGGUUGAAGCCCUGUCCAAUUGUGGGAACUUGAAGGAAAUAGUUUGCGGUUUCUCCGAUACCAAAAACAUACACCUCCUAGCCAACCUGCUUGCCCUUGAAGAGUUGACCAUUACCAAAAGGCCAGCGAAGGGUUCACUUCUUGCCCUUUUCGCCGCCCUAGCCGCCAGAGAAGCUCCUUCUCUCCAACGAUUCCGGCUCCUAAACGGAGCGAUCGAUUCCUCGGAAGCUGCAGAACUGGCUCGUAUUGCGUCCUUGAGAGUGGUGCAGUGUGCCCUCCUCGAAGCCCUGGACAUCGGGAAGUUCUCAGACCUGGCUAAGGAAAAUCUUAAAGCUCUGGAAAUCACCUCUGCGCAAAACUUUCACGAAACUGCCCCUGGCAUUCUCAAAGUAUUGCAGUCUUCGCAAAACAAUGUGCGCAUAUCCACAAAAGAUGUGAUGCUACAAACAAAGCGUAAACUAAAGUCUAUGGUGCUUCAGAUGAGCAUUUUCGAGACGUACGAGGAUGAGACCCUGCUGGUUCCCCUUGCCAGUGCAGAGUGGUUGGAGCACCUCACGAUAACCCACAAGCAAGGCAACUUAAAGGCAUUCUUCAACGCCCUCGCUAAGAGCAAUCGUCAUAUUAGGGAAAUAAAGGUUGAAGGCGGAUCUCUUGAUGUUCAUGAGACACUGGAGCUAUCACAGAUUAAGUCCCUGAGGAAAUUUAGAGGCAAACUAGAGGACCCACGCAGCAUUAGGCACUUGGGACACCUAAGCCAUAUCGCCGUUGGGGAUUCCUUUAGUAACCAUUUGCCAGAAGACAUGUGCGACAUUUUUGAGUGCACUCAGGUAGAGUUGACCAUCAGCGAUCAGCGAAGGGAAAUAGGUUUCAACAGAAGAACCGGUCGACUAACGCUUUGUAACGCCUUCUCUUUCGACUCCGAGGAUAUCGCUCCACUGGCAAGCCUCAGGAACUUAAGGUCUGUGCGAGUUCUGGGUGCCAGCAAGAGAUCACUUCAGUAUUUUAUUUCUAAGUUAGCCUCAAGGCCAAUGCAGUCCCUUCAAGAACUGAUAAUGGAAACACAUGGGGAUGAGGCCAAGUCAAGCCUUCUAGAACUGAGCCCUGUCGAGUUGAAGGAAGUGACGGCCAUCAGGUCCCUGCGGACUCUAAAAUGCGGUCUCUCAGAUCCCAAGGACCUCGAGCUGCUGUUUGGGCUACCAGAACUGAGCCAUAUAACUAUUGACCUCGGUCAAGAAAGUGCUUUGAGAAGCCUUCUGAGGAAGCGUUCACUAGGUGCUUACAAAGCUCCUGGCCACCUGCCUGUGGAGUGCACAACUGCAUGCGAGAUUGGGCCACAGAAUAUUGCUAUUAAAGAAAUGAUCAUAUUAAAUGCACCAGGGCGUGCACCCCUGGUGGAUUUUUUCAGGGUGUUGCACCUGGCAGGCGACUCCACUUUGCAGAGAUUGGUGGUCAAGGGCGCGCCAAUUGUUCAAUGCGAAGCCGAGGAGCUCUCCAGAAUACAAUCCUUGCAGAGGCUGGUUUACAGAUUCCAGAGAUUGGACGACAUCAGAGGCCUUGUGCGGCUGUGCGAGCUGACCACACUGAUAAUUGGGCGCAGAAAUUUCGCCCCGGAAAAUGAAAUGGCUCGCAUACCAGAGCACAUUGACCGGGAUCUUACGUCUUCCUAUUUCGAGAACCUCAGGGGAGUGGCUCAGCACUUGGACCGCCAAAGAUUGUUUAUCGAGCUGCCGCCUGAUGAGUGCUCGGUGAAAAGUAUCUUUGGGCCCUUGCCCGCUGGUUCGACACACACCCUAGCGGAGCUGGUCAUAACCCACAGGUACCUGGGCGUUGGGGAGUUCGAGAGAAUCACGCAAGUCGCAUCAUUGAAAACACUUAGGUGUGGAAUCCGGGAGGCACCUAGCUUUUCCCUCAUUCGCAACCUCGGCAACCUAGAGUGCUUGGCAAUCAAGACCUAUUCGAAAUUGGCGGAUAUAUCCGAUCACCUUGUGCUCUGCUUUCGGGCGUGUCCCAAAAUGCAGUCCAUCGGCUUGCAUUUCAAUGGCAGAGUGCAGCUCAUCAGUGCUGAUUUCGUGAAGCGAUCGAUCGAAGCAUUGAAAUCAGUCCGAGAUCCAACACUUCGGGGGCCAUUGGAGCUGAGCUGUUUCGUCAGUCUAGUUUUUGUUGAACCGGAAAGUGUUAUCGACGAAGAGUAUUUGCGUCUGUCCAUCAAUGAACGCCAGGACGAUCCGGAACUGUGGAUAAGUUAUAUGGAGUGCAACUGACGUAAAAAACUUGAAACUGUGAUGACCGUCCAAAACUAUAGAUUUUAAUUUUUUAAUAUUCUACGUUUUCAUAAUUUUUAGGUGCUGUUUACUUUUUUUUGUGAUAUGAUUGUAUUGUUUUACAAAAGUAAUACUCGAAUUCCUGUUUAACUUCUUAGAGCGCGACAUCCUGGGUCUCAGCGACAGAAAAUUUGAAAAAUAUCGAAAAACGGUUGGGAAACAAGGAUUCUAAAGAUAAUUUCGUAACGUAUGUGGAGCAACAUUAACAUAUUUUCUGCAUCUUAAGCUCCUAAAAAACUGGGAGCAAAUUCGAUUUUUCUAGCUGUUAAAUAAAAGGUUUUUUCAAAAA